CGUGUCAGGGAAAACUUCUCAGUGCAUCCCCGAGUUCGAAAGAAGGAGAACACACGCAAAAAUAAACAAAACGAAAAAAGUAGAAAGAAAAAGGACAAGGGAAGUGGAGAUAAAAGUGUCGAAGAAAGGGGAUAAUAAGAGUGAGAAAAAAAAGUGCUUAGAGCUAGCCUGGUGUAGCCAUGGUAGGAGCUUCUGUUGUUGGCAUGAGCACGUGACAACGCCCUCUUCCAACAGUCAAGGUUUCCUCCGCCCCCUUCAGGAUGUCUGGGGAGAGCUAUACCCGGUGGCACAAUCAGCCCAGUGACGAUGACGAAGACGAGGCUGGCGAAGGAGGAGGAGGAGGAGGAGGAAGAGGAGGGGGGGUUAGGCUGUCCGGCGGGGGGGUCACUAUCGUCACUUCCCCCUCUCACCAUCACCACCAUCGGCAUCUCCAACACCAUCAGGAGCUGACUCCUGGCGCCCGUGCGAGGCUCCUGUGUGUUAUGGUCCUCGUGUGCCUGACCUGCCUGAUGAUGGGCGUCCUUCUCGGUUACUACGCGGGGUCGGCGGAAGGGCGUGGCAGAGAGUUUCUCCUGGAGGAGGCGGCGAAGGUGGAGCAAGAGGCGCCGCCCGGAGGAGUCCUGCCCUCGGGAGACGCGGGCGAGGAGGUCGAGGACGAGGAGAAGGAGGAGGACAGGUUAGCCUCGGCUCUCCUGAAGGAACUGAAGCCCGGAAUGAUCAAGGGAUAUAUGAGGCAGCUCGCGCGGACGCCGAAGACGCUGCUGGCGGACUACCUGGAGAGCGCGUGGAAAGCCCAAGGCCUCAAGACCUCCUCCACCUCCUUCAAGGUCAACCUCUCGAAGCCCGACCCCGAGCAGCCCAACACCCUGGAAGUGACUUACACCGACGGCCACCGGGAGCUCCUCAACCCCCUCCCGCAGGCGCUUCACUCCUCCCCCUUCCUCGCCUUCAGCGCCGCCGGAUUGGUGACGGGCACGGUGGUCUACGGACACUACGGACGGCGGGAGGACCUGGUGAAGUUGCAAGCCCUGAAAAUACCUCUCGAGGGCGCCAUCCUCCUUCUGAGACACGGAAAGAUUCACGACGGAUCCAAGGUGCACAACGCCGAGCAAGCGGGGGCGGUGGGCGUGCUUCUCUACCCCGACCCGCAGGACUUCGCGGGCGUGAACGGGCUUUACCCCAAUGGCACCGGCUUGCCCAGGGACGGCGUCAUGUGGCGUUCGCUCAACACCGUUCCUGGGGAUCCCGCCACGCCCUUCCUGCCCAGUCUCUAUCAUAUUUACAGGGCCCCCGGCGCUUCGAAGACCCUCCCCCGCAUCCCCGCCCAGACCAUCAGCGCCGAGGCAGCUGGGCGUGUCCAGGAGCUGAUGGGCGGUCCGGAGGUGCCCGAGGGGUGGCAGGGCGGCCUGGACUCCUUCUAUCGCGUGGGCGGGGCCUGGAUCGCCGGCACGGGCGUCGCCAACGUGACUCUCGCCGUCAGCAACAUCGUGUACCAGGAGCCGGUGACGAACGUGCACGCCACGCUGCCCGCCGCCGAUAACACGAAGUUUGUGAUGCUAGGCUGCCACUACGGCUCGCUCUACACCGAACCUGCUGCUGGCAUGGCGGGGCUGCUGGCAAUUAGCGAGGCCGUUGCCAAAGCCUUUCCCUCGGGCACUCAGCGUAAGGUCAUCUUCUCCGCCUGGGCCGCCGGCGAGUACGGCAUGAUCGGUUCGACGGAGUUUGCCCAGCUCUACUCUCCGUGGGUGGACUCCUCCAUGCUGGCCUACCUCAGCCUGGACGAGAUGCUGCAGGGCACGGGCAGCCUGCGCGUCUCGGCCUCCCCGCUGCUGCACAAGACCCUUCGGGAGGCGGCGAAGAGGGUGGCGUGGCCGGUCGGGGAAGCCAUCAGCGUGCGGGACGGGUGGCGCCUGCAGGGACCCGUUAACAAUGCCGACGUUCCCUUCGGCACCCUGGCGUCGGGAAGCAGCUACGUGAGCUUCGCGGCCCAACACGGCGUGCCUUCCGCCCACUUCGUCGUCGUGGGCAAGGAACAGAGUAGUACAUACGACCUCCGCCACACGCAGUACGACAGUGCCGAGUCGUACACAAGACUCCUGGAUCCCGAGUACAAGUGGACGCACAUGUUAGCCUCGUUCGUGGGCGUGUCGGCCCUGGUGCUCAGCGAGAGUCGCCUGCCGCCCGUGGACUUCCGGGAGGUGAGCGGCAGCCUGUACAAAGGGUGGCAUAUGUUCGCCCGCGCCCACUCAGCCGCCCUCGCUAAUUCUGGAUACGACUUCACGGGCGUGCUCGACGCCAUCGGAGAGGAAAUCGAAAUAAUGGAGAGCACGAUGACGUAUCUCACGAAUUGGUACGAUGACAUGCCCAUUUUCCGAGGUAAAGGAGAUGAGGAUGCUGAGGGAGAUACGUGCGGCGGCGGAGCAUCUUCUUCGCUUCAGGAGUAUAGGCAAAUCGAGGAGCGGCUGCAGCGCGUGAUGUCCGUGAAGCGCGGACUCUUGGGACCGCGUGGCGUGGGUCGCACCUUCACCACCCACCUGAUGGUCGGCCCUGAUCCCGAAGACCCGUUCGAGGCCAGCCAGUACCCGCACGCCGCCCGCGCCAUCACCCUCGCCCUGGCCCAGAAGACGCCCUGGGAGAGCGUGCACCAAGAGCUCUCCUACGUCCUGUCCGCGCUCACCGCCUUCAGGGAGCUGUUUGCGUCCGACGCCGUGCCGGAUACGUUCCCGAUCCCCUAG